AAGGAAGACGUUUGUUCUCAUUGAAUGGAAGAGUGUGUGAGGCAACUAAACCUUGUGGAGGGAUGAGAAGGAAGGGACAGGUUACUAUUGCUAGAAUGAGAAUUGGUCAUACAUUAUUGAAUAGUACUCUUUUUGUCAUAGGUAAACAUCAAGAUGGAAUGUGUGAUGAAUGUCAACAACCCGAGACAGUGCCUCAUGUGCUUAUACAUUGUAGGAGAUACAGCAGGGAAAGGAAGGAGUUACUAGAGACAUUGAGAGAAUUGGGACUAGAAGAGAUUGCAGUUAAAGGCAUUUUAAAGUUGGGAUCAAGUGGGAGGGGAAGGUGUUGUUUUUUUAAAGUAUUUAUCAGACACUGGACUAAUUAAAAGAAUAUGAAGAGAUGACUUAAAUUAUCCUGAAGGUGGCAGCAAUGCAACAAUUUGGAUGCCAGCUGCCAUAAAAAAAAACCAUCAAAGAAGAGGGCUGGACCAGGACAGACCGUUCAACGAAGACCAGGCUGGCUUGAUCGCGAGAGCAGGGAAGAGGAUGGACCGAGGAAUAUUGUUGUAACUUUAAGUCAUAAUGCACCUUGUUUCUCCGGCAGCAUCAGUAUUCUUAUCGGUGUUUAUGUUGAUUCUGAGCACAGUUGAAGCUCUUAAAGUGAUUGGAGGAAAUGUCACCGUUGUGCAAGGAGGGACUGCAAUCUUUCCCUGCCAUCUUAUCGACGCUCCUGAAGUACUCAACCAGAUUUCCUGGCAGAGGAAGACCAGACAAAAACCUCAGAAUAAUAACUUCUAUACAAUCUUGAAGACUGGACCAAAGUUUGUCAAUGGAAAUGAUGGCCGAUUUAAAUUUAUUGGGGACUUCGAUGCCAACAAUGGAACCCUGCAGUUAUCUGGAGUCACAUUGGUGGAAGAAGGCAACUACACCUGCAUCUUCACUCUGUUUCCCAGCGGAAUUCACAAGACUGAGAUCCCUCUAAAUGUGCUUGUGCCUCCGACGACAAUCCUGAAGGAUGACCAUCCUAUUUUGGGAAACAAAGAGGUCUCCCUUGUUACCUGCACGGCUGCUGGUUCAAAGCCUCCUGCAGAAAUAAGGUGGCAAACUGGUGAUCUGACAGGAAAAGUGAGAGAAACAAUCAACUCCACCUUGAAUGAUAACGGUACAACAACCACAAUCAGCUCGCUGCUUGGAGUACCUACCAAAGAAUUGAACCGUCAGUUGGUCAAGUGUGUCGUCACCAGUGCAGCCAUGAUGAUAGAAGAAACCCUAUCCUUCACCAUACAGGUCUACUUUUCACCAAUGGAAGUGACUAUUCUUGAAACUUCUGAAGGCUCCUUUAAAUGUGAAACUGAAGCAAAUCCGAGUGCAAAAUUCAACUGGAGCAGAAUCGGCCUCCAGUUGCCUCAGUCUGCUGUCAGCGAGGGUGCAGUGCUUCGGUUCAAGGAAAUUACGUCUGACCUGAAUGGCCUCUACCAGUGUGAAGCAUCUAACCAACAUGGAAAUAAACACCAAAAGCUCCAGAUUUAUGUGGUUUCAGGAAACUGCACUGUUUGUUGGGUCUUAUUCAGUCUCUUGAUAAUCCUGAUUGUCUCUGCUGUUGCUGCAGUGUACCUUUAUACAUCCGGAAGGUUUCCAAGGAGAGUAGAGAGAGAAAUGGUCCCAACAAAUGAAAUCGGCGGUGCCACAUGAGUAGCGAUCUCCUUAAAAUCCAUGGGAGUAACAACGUGGACAUGCUGAUGGUGCUGCUUAGAGAGCAGAUGCAGGAGUCCAGGUGCUGUGUAUGGUAAUGCCCACUGGUAACAGCCUUUACAGUAUUAUUUGGAUCAUUUGUCAACAAAUAUAUGAAGUUUUUGCCCAAAGAAGAAUCAACAUGAAGAAUAUGUGUUGUGAAAGCAGUUUUCAAGCUUAAAAAUGGGAAGGUAUAAUGAAUGAGAACUGUAGCUGACUGAAAUGCAAAAUUUGCAUGACUGAAAAACUUUGCCUGCACUGUUAUCCAAAAUGUGGCUGUAAUUAUGAUUGGCUGCUUUAUCAGUAACGGCUUUAACUGUCAACUGACUUCCCUUUUGGUUUUCCCCACCAGAAGCUUUUUUUUUUUUAACCAGUAAAAAUUUAGUCAUGGAUAAUCUAAUCCAAAUUUCCAUUAAUCCUUCACACUGCUCAUUUAACUGUUGCUCUUAGCUCUGGAUUAUAGAGAAUGUUUACAUCAACACAUGAAAUAAGAUAUUAGUGAGAAAUAUCAAUACCAUGUCUUGUUGCCGGAUCAAAGACAGACCAAUCUUUCCUGACACACAGUCUAAUUAAUGAUGCGUUUUCCUUUUACGAUAUGUAGGACAAAUACUGUCAGUGUAAGAAAUUACAACAGAACAUCUCUUACAUUGCUUAGCCCCUGAUUUUAUUUGUACCACCACAUCCCUUAAACUUCUCUAUUUAUCUGCUAAAGGACAAUGGGAUCAAUGCUCUGAAGCUGCUAUCACAUUAAAAACAGACUUGCGUAUCUGUGAGCUGCUGAACUUCUAACCGCCAGCGCAUUUCAAGAAAUAUUUCACUACUGUUGUUAUCUACUGAAAGCUUAAACAUCUGAGACUGUGUGUACCGACAUGGUUUUAGUUGUGUUUAAAUCAGCCAAGCUCUUUGUUAUCUCUUAAUAGGUGUAAAGCACCUUCCCAUGUUAUGGUAAAUAUGCUUACGACAGAAAGAUUCCAAAGGAAUGAAGGAUUUGUUACGUUUAGUGAAGGUCAAAAUUAAGAGAUGCGUUACAAAAACAUUAGAAAAACAUAAUUAUAGUAUUUAUAAAGUUGCACUGAUCUUAAUUUAUUAGAUAUAUUUGAUAUUAAACAAAGUAUAAAGUGUUUGAUUGGCUCCUAUUGCAAUACUUAUUGCCAUCGUACUAGCAUACCGAAUAAUGACAGGUUGCUUAGGUUGAACAGGUUAUAAAACAAUUCAAAAAUAUUUUUUCAAAAAAGGUUUUUGUCACCGUUGUUUACCUCCUCUGAUUUAUUCUCCAUUUUGUUCUCAAGAUUGUAAUGCUGUCCUACAUCCUCUCUAAGUACAUGCAGCAAAUGUAUUCAUAUCUUAUUGUACUAUUGAAACCCAUCCGUUACAAAGGAAUUUUGAAUGUUAUUUUCAUUUCAAUCCAUCGAAACGCUGUCCACACACUUCACACAAUACCAAGAUCAUGGUAUUCUUACACUAGAGUCCAAGUUACCAGUGGUGGCAAAGUGGUUAGGGGCUUGGCCUGGGAACUGGAAAGUCACCAGUUCAAGUCACCGAAACACAAAGUGCUACCAUGGUGUCGCUAAGCAAGGCACCGUUCCCUACUCUGCUCCCCGGGCACUGUACAUAUAGCUCAUAAUAACACUGGGAUGGGUCAAAUGCAGAAUUCUCGAAUUUUCCCACGGGUUAAUUAAAGUACAUCUCUUUUCUUUAAUAAACACACUCCUACAUCUAAUUUUAGACUUAGUUUUAGUCCUGAGAUUAAUAGUUUUAGAGUUAACUCGUGUUUAGUUCAAUCAAUUCUUCUUAGCUGUAGUUACUUGUUUUGUUAAUGUUUAUGUUGGGAUUCACCUUUCUUUUUUUGGGUUAUGGGUUAUUUUAUUUUUCCUUAUUCCCCAAAUUCUAAAACACAGCACUUAUUUUGACGGAAAAAAGUCAAUUGUUUUGCGGGAGCUGAGCAAUAAAUCAGAUGUAUUUUAUUCCCCCUCUUUCUUGCCCACAUUUUUACCCACUUUACUCACUACUCAGCCCCAGCAUGCAAUGCGUGCUUAUUUCAAUGGAAAUAGUGAAGUCUUUGUGCCCAAAUCACAAUGCUUUGUAUGUUGUAAGGAAUACAUUUGAACAGUCUCUAAGACAUAAAAUACAGAAAACGUAAUUAUUCAAAGGCAGCUUUUUCCCUUUUCUUUCCUAUUAUUUAAUAUUAGCUUAACGUUAGUGUGCAAAUUUAACCAGUUGUUGAUACACAUUCCUUUCUUUAACAUUUGUAUAUUUGCUUUAAUUUGCUGACAUUUAAGUUGUUUUGUUAUGUAUCAAUAACAGUAGUUGCUAAUAAAAAUAUCAGUUCCUUAUAUUUUAAUCAUUUGCUUUUUUAAAUAUCUGUUUUGAAUCAAGCAUUGUUGAACUUUUCCUUUACCUUUGAACUAUAAUAAACUUUACAAAUGCCUCGA